AGUAGGUAAUUUUUCCUUCUUCCAGUACUGCGCCACCAAUAGUCUUGCUAUCUGGUCCUCAAUUUCAAUAUAGAUUUACUUUGACCUUUUUUUCUCUAAUCCCUUCUCUCCAGCUUUGAGUAUUAUAGCAAAUGAUAAACUUCGGACAGAAACUCAACACCGCAUACCCGAUUUACUCUUAGCUGUGAAGAACUAAAAUAUUGGAAGCAACAGAACGAUCACUGAAGCAAAUGGAAAAGAUAGGCGCAAAUUCGCCUCUGCUGCAUAUAUAAAGCAAAUGCGUAACAGCCGAAUGACCCUAUACAGGUCUAGAUUUUGUUUGCUUUUGAAAUUUGAUGGAUCAAAUUUGAUGGGCUACUGCAACCUGGUAUGUUUCCCAGUUCCAGGUCCACUAACUCUAAUUGGCAGAUAUAUUUGAACAGGCGAAGAUGUUCAAGAGCCACCUUUUUAUGUACUACUGGACCAUCUUUCAUGUUUUCAAUUUAUUAGCAGUAUGGACAACUGCUGAAGAUGUCAUUAAUAGCACUUUAAAUCACACAGACCUGCUGGCAGGAUCUGUACCUAUGGUAAUCUACAGUCUUGACCAUAUUAUAGUCAAGGAAGGUUAUAGUGCCUUGAUUGACUGCAACGUUCAAGGUUAUCCAGAACCAGAGUACAAGUGGUACAGCUCAAAUGGCCAUUUGGUGAAAGAAGAUGGAGCAGGAAAAUGGAUUCUCAAUAGCGGGCAACUAAAUAUUACCAGUGUGUUAUUUGAAGAUCGAGGAAAAUACACAUGUGUUGCUGCUAACGUCUAUGGCAAAGUGAAUAAUACUGUCACCCUGAGGGUUGUAUUUACCGCUGGAGACAUGGGGAUCUACUACAUGAUUGUAUGUCUUGUAGCAUUUACCAUUGUUUUGAUCUUAAAUAUUACGAGACUAUGCAUGAUGAGUAGCCACUUGAAAAAGACUGAGAAAGCGAUCAAUGAUUUUUUUCGGACAGAAGGAGCUGAAAAACUUCAAAAAGCUUUUGAGAUUGCUAAGCGCAUCCCGAUAAUCACCUCAGCAAAAACUCUUGAGCUUGCCAAAGUAACCCAGUUUAAGACAAUGGAGUUUGCCCGCUACAUUGAGGAACUAGCUAGAAGUGUUCCCCUACCCCCUCUUAUAAUGAAUUGUAGGACUAUCAUGGAAGAAAUCAUGGAAGUAGUCGGAUUAGAGGAACAAGGCCAUAAAUUUGUAAGGCAAUCAGCCGUGGGGCAAGGGAUCAUGGACCCUGAUGAAAUGUACGUGGUUUCCAGUCCCCUAAAGCGUAGUGAUUCUCUUGCCGCUGAUUCAGAUGCAUCUUCUUUGCAUGAACCACCACUCAAGAUUGCUAUAAAAGUCUCAGUUCAUCAGUUAACUAAGAAGGACUCUAUUGAUCACCUCACACACGAUAGUAUAGAUGUAGAAAUCAAAGAAGAGAAAGAAGUUGCUCAGGUACAGACGGAACCUAGUGACCUGGGCUUGGACCCUUCAACUGAACUCAGCUCAACUGAGACAAUUGUGGGAAGUGGCAAGGACACAUGUACUAUUUAUGAAACCCAUUUAUGAUCAUUUAUCAGCAAAUGUGUACUGAUAAAAAUAGUAUAAAAUGAAGUGGCAGAGUUGAUAAGCCUUAUUUGAACACCAUAAUAACAAAAACAUCUCUAUGGAUUUCUUGAUACAUUCUUCCUCAUUAUAUACUGUGCAGUAUAUUUAGCUGGGACACCUGAUAUAAUUUCUAUGACACUAAUAUUUAAUUACUUUUUUGAUCCAGGGAAAUUUUAAUUAACAUUGUUUUAGCUCACAAAACACCUCAGAACGUGGAUUAGGAUUCUGCUGCUUGCAAGAACAUCUAGAAAUUGUGUUUAUCACAUAGAAAUAAGAUCUUAAAAUUCUCACUCAGAACAUUCAAUUUCAGAGCAGAGAUGUUGAAGUCAGGGGAGCUCUUGGUAACAUCUGUAUUAGCAAUAUACUAUAAUACCUAAUGCUAUAUUACAUAAACCCAAAAAAAUCUGUAUUUUUCAUUUUGUUCUAUCAAUUACACCUUUGUGUACUUUCCUAAAUUCAAAUAUUGAACAUGAAAAACAUUUUUGUAGCCAAACUAAAGCAUUGCCCUACAUUUAAUUCAUCUGAUAGUUUAUAUUUAAAACAGUAUAUCUUUGGUUUUUUAAAAUUUAAUAGAAGAAAGUAAUGAUUUUCUUCACAAACUGGAUAAUUGGCUACUUUCUUUCGCAAGACAAUAACUGGUCUCUAGGCAGAAAGUCUCAAGAUAGUUACCCAUUAUCCCAAUUACAAGCACAAAAUGUGAGUCACCAAAACUCUACAUCACUGAGUUGAAGGCCUGCCUACAAGCAAAGAUAGGAAAGAAAAAGAAUUAAAGCACAUCAAGGAAGCCCUCAGAACCUGUGGCUAUCCCAAGUAGGCCUUCAUCAAAUCUCAAAAAAGACCCUACAGGAGCUCCUUUAUAACAGACAAUUAAGAGAACAGUAAACGAAGCAACAUUGUCAUUGCAUACAUUUCAGAAAUAUCGGAAAAGCUCAGGAGGAUCUUCAACCAACACAACAUACACUUCAAAUGCAAAAAUACUCUAAGGCAGAAGUUUGUCUACCCCCAAGGAUAAAACACCCAAACACAAACUUAGCAAAUGUUAUAUGCAGUGAACCAUGUGCAGAUAUGUACAUUGGGGAAACAAAACAACUAUUUCAUAAACGCAUGGCACGUUAUAGGGAGAACAAACCCAUCAGGCUUCAGCAGUCCAUCUGCAUUUAGAAGACAAAAUGACUUUUGAAGACAGCAAAGUCCGCAUUUUGGAUAGAGGACCUCUGGUUUGAAAGAGGGGUCAAAGAGGCCAUCUAUGUCAAAAUUGAACAGCCCUCUCUCAACAGAGGGGGAGAGAG